AUGGGGAUAGAGCUCUACCUGGACUUGCUCUCACCACCCUGCCGAGCCAUCUACAUCUUUGCCAAGAACAACAUCCCCUUCACAUUCAAACAAAUGGAGGUGCUCAAAGGGCAACAGCACAGCGACGGAUUUGGCAAGGUGAAUGUCCUAAGGAAAGUGCCAGCACUGAAGGAUGGAGAUUUCACCUUAGCAGAAAGCCCUGCAAUUCUUGCCUACCUGAGUCAGAAGUAUAAAACCCCUGACCACUGGUACCCAUUGGAUAUGAAGAAACGAGCCUGGGUAGAUGAAUACCUGGCCUGGCAACAUUCUGCCAUCCCGCCAAGUGUUUUAAAGAUUUUCUGGCUCAAGGUGGUGUUUCCUUUAUACAUGGACCAGACAGCUCCUGAAGAGAAGCUGCAGGAAACUUUAGAGUACCUGGCCAUUCCCCUGAAGCAGUUAGAGGAGAAGUUCCUGCAGGACAAACCCUUCCUUGUAGGCAACAAGAUUUUUCUGGCAGACCUGGUGGUAGUUACGGAGCUCAUGCAGGUAAGGGCUGGAGAAGAAUGAGGAAAGCAGCGCUGUCUGAAUUGCUUGGCCACUGGACAGCAUGCUGUAC